AAAGUAAUUCUGGUGGUUAGUUGAACCAAAUAAAACUCUUUUGUGUGAAGGCUCGAUAAUUAUUUUAAUGUUGAAAAUUUUGCAACCGGUAUUAUUUUCUAAUAAAAGCCCUUGUCAACGAUAUUUUGCUAAAAUGGCAUCAGAAGCAAAAAAAGCUAAACUAACUGAAGUAGAAAGAGGAACUGUUUUAACUCCACUGACUGGAGCUGGAUGGACAAUGGUGGAAGGACGGGAUGCAAUUUAUAAAGAAUUUCUCUUUAAAGAUUUUAAUCAGGCAUUUGGUUUCAUGACCAGAAUAGCUUUACUAGCUGACAAGAUGGACCAUCAUCCAGAAUGGUUUAAUGUUUAUAACAAAGUACAAAUUACUCUCAGCACACAUGAUGUAGGUGGAUUGUCAACUAAAGAUGUAAAGCUAGCUACAUUUAUAGAAACAGCGGCUACAGCUGUAGAAAAAUAGUCAUUGAAUGAUCUAUUAAUCUGUUAAUACAUUCCAUCAAAACGUUCAGGGGCAAGGUGCCAUUUAUGUUAGAUAUAUAAAAAUGUUUGUUGCUUGUGUUUGUAAAUGUAUGUAGGAACUUGUUAUUGACUGAGUUUUGAAUCUCGUAAUGUAAUGAUAUAUCUAAAAACCUUUUAUUAUCUUAUUGUCAAGAAAACUUAUCAUUUUGAUCUCAUAAUUGGAUGUACUAAAUUAAUUGUGCAUUGUUCCGAUUAACUUUGAUAAAACCUAACAGGGAGAGAAAAUCUUUUCUAAAUUUAAACCUAUGAGAGCAGUUGAUUUUAAGUGUGAAUUGAUUAUGGAGAGUCUCAGUCAGUUUGUCCGACAGUUCUAGUCAUGACUGACAAUCAGGUUCAGUGAUUCAUUUGUCAUGUUUGUAAGAAAUAUAGUUGUGCUUUUUAUAAAAUUAUACACUUAAUUUAUAAAUACCAUUGAAAGUUGAAAUCUAUUGGAUAUGGAAUACUGAAAUUGUUUGACAUAUAUUCCUCAAUUAUGGAGAAAAGAAAUUCAAAUAAUCUUACACUGCCCAUUACAUCUUGAGAAUGUUGAUAUUUGAUCUGAAAUUCAACUUCCAAUGGUGUUCAUUGGACUAUUUGUAAAGUCAUAAAAUUUGUUUGUGUUGAACAUGAAAUGAUUUGAAGCAGGAAUUUUGUCAAAAUCAUG